UGCAGUGGAGAAGAACGUCGACGUCAUUUUCACAAUGGCGGUGGCAGGCUGAGGAGCGGCGUAUAUGUGUGAGACAAGCAGCUCGUAUUCAUUAUAGGCUUACGUUGCAUCGCCCUAAGUCGUGCACGGCGCCCUGAAAAUGGCCCUAAACCCCAGUCCGAUGGGGAAAAGGGAGUCGGAUUACUCCGAUACGGGCAGCCUACACCAGGAAGGUGGCGAACCCCAGAAGACUUCAGCCGCCACCACGGCCACAGCCAACCAAAAUGGCGAUCAGCCGGGCUAUGGAGACUGUGUAAUACCCGAGCAAGAUCCUCCCGAGCGGCAUAACAGCGUGCAUUCUGACGCCCGGAGCUGGAGCGGCUCCCCCACGCCAGGCCAGAGACGAAGCGAAGAGCGGCCUCGGAAGCCUUUUCAAAUCCCGAGGAAGAAAGAACGAAAAGGCUUGUACCAGGUUCUGCCCCCCGACAGCCGUGAGUUUGACAACCUUGUGAAGCUCAUCUCUUCUUUUUAUCUGGAUGCGUCAUCGAGAGGAACAUUCUCCUACUGCAAAGCCAGGCUCAUUCACAAUGAGCUUCUGGAGAAGGAGUUCAUCGAGAAGAGGAGAGAGAUGAAGCAAGAAGGGCGCACGGAACAAGAACUGACAGAAUCGUACUGUUUCUUAUAUCCAGAAAAAUCCAAGCUUCAGUGGAUCUGUGAGAAGGGUUUGUCCGUGGGACACUCAAAGAUAACAACAGUAGGAAAUGCAUCAAUGGGUGUAUAUCUCUCCAAAUUCUCUGACUUAUUACAAAUCAAUCCGUUUGAAAUUGGUUCAGCUGGAGACAUGAUCAUUUUUAAAGUUAUGAGGGGAAGAGUAAAGCACAUCCACGAGAACAUGCCAACCAACGCAAAGGAACCGACAACCAAGUUUGACUGUCAUUUGUCCAAAAGUGCCAAUCGGGUUACAUCGUUGCUGUCUUACAGAGCGUUUGAGCUCACCCAGCAAUAUUUUUUCGAGUUUGCAUUUGAAGAAAUCAAAACACGGCCCAGGCAAGUGUUCCCCUAUGCUGUGGUUUCCUUUCAGUAUAAAGGCAAGGACGCUGCAGCCACUUCUUUAGCGACACACAGGCUUGGUGUUUCUUCAGAAGGAAGUCGAGUGCGGCGCUGCUAUUCUGUGUGGAGUGGUCCACUGGUUACCAAGGGCCAAGAGUUAUUUCCAGUCCGUUUACGAUCAUCCUCACGGGCCUAUCUACCUUUCAAACUUCCGGAGAAACUUGAAGUGAAUCAAGGCAUGCAGCUUGAGCAGGUGAAGAGAAAGAUUCCUGCUGUGCUCUUCUCUUGGGACACCUACAGUGCAUCACGGGAAGUGGUGAAAUAUGGAAUGUCAUGCAGCCUUUUUGAGGUUAUAGAAGGAAAAGGAAAACCCACCAGUGGCAGUCUGGUAGCAUUAAUAAACAAACUGGAGAAAGACCGAAUGGUGCUAGUGAAGUCCCUGUAUGACCGGGGCUUUCUCUUCCUGUUGUCUUCAGCACAGAUGGUGGAGUCCAAAGAACGGCGAGCGCGGGUUGAAAAGAGCCUGCAAGCAAUAUUCCUCUUUCAUGAGUCAAGGGCGGUUUUCAAGUAUUCGUCCCGACUAUCAAAGUCAGAGCCAUUGACAGCAGAGCCCCAUGCCAUUUUUCAACCUUUGGAACGGUUCAUCCCCGCCUUGCAUUACGCCUUUUUUACACUUCGCCCAAAUCCAGGCAAAGACCCGAGUUCCGGUGUGGAGCGACAAGCCACGGACUAUUUAAGUCGCGUCGACUCUGGAAGAGUGCGACCAUUCAUCUUGCCUGACUACAAAUAUCAUGUGGAUGACAGGCCAUAUACGGUUCCUUUACCCAGGCCCAAAGGGAACAUGGAAGCCAUACUGCGGACUUACAUUCACAACUCAUCGAACUACACAUUUCCCAUGAACAAGGCGAAGGACAUCAUUGAACAGAUAAGCAACCCCACACCUGUCGCUGCCCCAGUCUCUGCAGAAUACAGUCCUGUUUCUGACUGGGGUGGUUCCGACCGCUCUGAGAGAUUGUCAGAAAGGCCACCACCAGAACGACUCGCGCAGGAGAAACCGGCCACAGACGCCAACAGACAGGCCCCGGUGGUCGCCCAUGCAAAUGGUGCCCAGUUGCACCACGAGUCCCACACUGAAUCCCAGCCCCAGAUCCAGCCCCAGGCACAGACACAGACACAGACACCAAAGGUGCCGCUGUCACAGGGCAACUACGAUAAAGACAAGAUGAGGCAGUUAUUGAAACUAAUCCAACUCCACAAAAGAACACUAGUUAAGGACCCUGGUAGGCAAAAGCAAGAUGGAGCCUCCGAGUCCAAUAACCUCAAGAGAAAAUUUGAAGGUGAUGAACAAGGAGACAAGAACAAACAUCAACGCACAGAUCCUUUGAGCAACGGCGAACCCAGCCGAGGGGCACCAGCGGAGGAGACGGUAGAAGAUGGCGGCCACAGUGAAAAUCUGACCAGAGUAAUGGAAAGCAUGGGUAUCUAUGACACUGACUUGAGGGCUUGUGGCAACGCCAAUACAACAGCAGUUCACGAGACCCAGCGUCUCCUCAAAAUACUACUCUCCACUCUCAACAAAGCCGUCGCUCAGGGAUCAAUAUCUGUGAAAUCAAACCACGGCGAGCAGUCAACGGGUCCUGAAAAGUUGGAACAGGCUGCACCAGCCUCCGAUUUUAGCAAACAAACUGAACCUGCAUCACAGACGAACUACACGGAGGAGGAUAUGGACUGUAGCCCUGGAAGUAGUUUUAGCACAGGCUCCCCAGUGGACCAAGCUCAACCCUCAGCCAGCACAACCUCUGCCAUACCCACAAAUGAAGAAAAGCCACAAUCCUUACCUGAACCUGAACCUGAGCCAGAGGCCGUGGCGAUAGAGAGCCUCGAGCCGAAGAUGCCCUCCACGCUUGAUGAGAAAAAGGAAGCCCCGAUGUUGUCAUUAGCAGAGGAAGUUCCUUCCAGGCCCUCUAUCAGCUUGGACACCAUACUCAACCAGGAAAUGUACAGCCUCACUUCGGACAUUCAAAACAUCAUGCGGAGUCAUUGCGUCACUUACACCGUGCAGCUACCUCCAAGACUACCUCUGUCCAAUUCCUUGCAGCAUAGGAUCAGCUUCUCACCCUUGGUCAUAGAUCACGUCACUCCUGUCUCCGUGCAGGAGCAUGUUGAAGCACUUAGUGAGGAGAUGGAAAAGUUGGUCCCCGUCCCACCGGUUUUACCCAAGGCCCCUUCCCCGGAGCCGGCUGAGGAGAUUCCAGAUUUAUCAGUGCCGUCAUCCGUGCAAACGUCUUCCAAACCUGAAGUAGCCCAACCCCUGGUGAACCCCAGCUCAUCUCAGAGUAGCAAUCAAAGUCCUGCAAAAGAGGCAACAGAAGGCACGGCAAAAUCAGAUCCUGUUCCAGCGGAGAUUGUGGAAGAGGCUUAUUCUCCCUCCCAGAUCCCCCCAGAGUCAACAGCGAAAUCCCAAAAGUCCACCUCUGCGACGUCCUCCGGCACCGUUGAUAGUGCCGGCACUGCCAACGGCAUUGGUACGGCGGGUCUUAUGACGACGGGCAGCCUCAUCGGUCAGCUAAAACCAGAAGUUUUCAGCAGCUUAGUGGAGAUCUUCAAGGACGUCACCAAGAAUACAGUCAAGUUCUACAUCCAUUCCGGGGAUGAGGGCGAAGAGAGCACUGUCUGCAAGGAGAUAAAGGAAUACUUGAAAAGUCUUGGCAACAACGAGUGCACCCCGCAGAUGUUUCUGGAAAACAGCAGCAGUCUCGACAAACUACUUAUCAUCAUUCAGAAUGAGCACAUUGCUGCACACGUGCACAAGAUCCCGGCACUGGUGUCUUUGAAGAAACUGCCUUCAGUGAGCUUCGCUGGUGUUGACACUCUGGACGAUGUCAAGAACCACACCUACAAUGAGCUGUUUGUGUCUGGAGGUUUCCUGGUGUCCGAUGAGUUUGUCCUUAAUCCCGACCUCAUCACACAGGAUCGCUUGCAGGCAUUGCUGAAGUUCUUGGAGGAGCAAAGCACACCUGAGCAGCCCUGGCAGUGGAAGGUUCACUGCAAGUCACAGAAGAAACUUAAGGAAAUGGGCCGGUUGAACACCAACGCGAUGGGGCUACUCAACCUUCUGACAUCUUAUCAAAAGAAGCACCUUGUCGAGUUCCUUCCAUACCACGAGUGCGACGCCCAGUCGCGUCAGGCUCCCGAUCUCGACUGCCUGAUUAAGCUGCAAGCUCAGCAUACACAACAACGGCAUCUCAUUUUCAUCACAGAGAGGCCCUUUGAGAUGUUCCAGCAGUAUUCCAGGAAUGGAAUAAUGAUAGCGAGCAUUGACGAUAUUAUGGGCGCUUUCCACAGCCUGAUUGGUUCUAUCAGUCAAAAUGAGCUGCCAACGCCCCCCUCUACUGUAGUGAAUGAUGAGUGUGAGGGAGAGGAGGACAUGUCGUUAGACUCCGAUGACGGUGAGACGCCCGCCGUCGUCGAUGGCAAAGAGGAGAACCCCAAAGCGGACGCGGUGAUGCCGCCACAGCCGCCACAGCCGCCACAGCCGCCACAGCCGCCACAGCCGCCCCUCCCAAACAUGGAAGAGUUCCGUCCACCGCUCCCCGACCAGCAGGCCACCCCUGAUGAAAUGCCACCGCAGGCCGACUACAGCGCUCUCAAAACUGCCAUCUCUCAGUUCAAAGCUACAAAUCAGUUGGGCAUUGGGUCAGCAGAUCUGGGAAGCACAUCUCCUGGAGGUUUUCCUGUCAAUCCCCACCAGAGUUUCUUGUGUCCCUCUUCCUCGUGGUCAUCCUACACCGGCUCAUCCAGUUACGCGGCCUCCCCAGCCUAUCCCGCCUCGCCGUGCAGCGGCAACCAAGAACAAGAGUAUCGCCCCCUGGCGACCGUGCCAACCACGACGCCCCCCCCUAUUGUCAACACCACAGUGGGACCCCUCGCUAAUCUAGCCAUCCUUCCGUUAGAGGUUAAACCACCUCCACCGCCUCACCUCAUGAUGCUCGGUCACACGUAUGGCACGGACCCCGCAGCAACUGGAGUUCCCGGAACUCCUCCGCUUACCCCUUCCCUCCCGUAUUUAGACAACAAUGACACAGUCAAGCAAAGUUACAUGACUGGUAUUCCGAACAUCAAUACUAGUUGUACCCCAGCACAACAUGCGGAUAGGACGUUCAGCGGAGCCGGGGAGGGGAACUGGGGGCCGUCGGGGCCUGGCACUUUUCCAACGGCAAGCAAUCAGGUUGCGGUUCCGCCUAGCCCGGUUGACCCCACCGUACAGCCCAAGAGUGGGGAAAUCCCCAGCGGCGGCAAGGCCACUUGUCCGAGUGGCAGGACUCAAGCAAAUUGCACUGACAAACCUGGAGCUAACGUGGGUGUUCCCACAGUAGCUACCAGACGGGGCUCAGGAGUCAGACCUAAAUUUCCUCCGCAGCAAAUGUGCCGAAUGGGUUAUGGCAAUGUAGGUGGCGGGAUGCCCAUGCCCAUGAAUCAUGGCCCUAUGAGGGGUCCUAGGGGUCCUGGGCCAUUCCGGGGCAGAGGACUUCCUCCGGGUGGACUUUGGCCACGACCGGGACUGGGGCGAGGGCAUGAACGGCCAGAUGGGCCUGGAAGGGGUCCUUGCUCUUGGGGUUACCCAACAGGCAGAGGUGGGAUGCAAAAUUACUACACGGACUACACGUACUCUCACAAUUAUGCCCCUGAGUAGACAAUCGAGUUGUUACAAGGGGUAACACAAAUGUCAUACUCCAGAGACUAUUAGAACUGGCUGAAUGUAUAUAUAUAUAUCUAUAUUUCCUUGUCAUAAACUUUAUUAUUUGAAUUGGUAAAUAAGGAUCCUGGUUUUCUACAUUAAUAAAGAAUUGAUACAGGCAGUGCCGAGUGUCCUACUGUCGUGUAGACUGUAUGGUAUGCACACUUUCCUUGUGAACUGUUAAGACGCGCAGUUCAAACCACUAUAUUUAUAUUUGCCAACAAAUGCUAUUGGCCUUUCAGCUUCUCUGAACUUACCUUGUAAUUUCUGUUUAUUCUGCUUUUGAAACUGUUUAUGGACAAAGGAAGAAGAUAUUUUUUUAUUUAAUUGACUACCAUUUCACUUGGUGUUUUUUUUCCCCCUUUUAUGCAUUUGGUUGUCCUAAAUUCUGUGAAAUAAAACAUUUCAAAUAUUGGUUGGGUGAAAAUGGUGUUAAAUAAACCAUUAAAAAUACUGUAUACUGAACAGUAAA